AUGAGCAUCAAGGCCCCACCCACCCUCCUGCAGCUGGCAGGGCAGAGCCUUCUGAGGAACGAGGCCCUGGACAUCUCUGCUCUGGAGGCACUGCCCAUCGAGCUCUUCCCUCCUCUGUUCCUGGAGGACUUAGCCAGGAGAUGCAGUAAUAUCAUAAAGGCCAUGGUGCAGGUCUGGCCCUUCCCCUGCCUCGCCCUGGGGGCCCUGAUGAAACCUUGGGACAUGGAGGCCUUACAGGUUGCCCUGGAUGGGAUUGACAUGCUGCUUGGCCAGCAGGUUCACCCCAGGAGGUGGAAACUGCAGGUGCUGGACCUCCGGACUGUGCACCAGAACUUCUGGAAGAUUUGGUCAGGAAACAUGGCUGGGCACUGCACACCACAGGCCAAGAGCAGGAACCAAGCAGAGGCGAUCCCUCUGAGUACAGGGGUGAAGCAGCCCUUGAGGCUGAUAGUUGACCUUAACCUGGAGCUCAGUGACCUGGAUGAACUCCAAAUAUACCUGUUUGAGUGGGUCCUGCAGAGGAAAAAACAGAAUGAGCAGCUUGUCACCACCUUCUCUUGUGAGUUUGGCAAAUUCAACCGCCUCCAACAGCUCUAUAUGAAUGGCGCUUAUUUCCUCCGUGGGCACAUGCACCAGGUUCUCAGGUGCCUGAAGCUCCCCUUGGAGUUGCUGUCAAUAACUCACUGCCAGCUUGUAGAAUCAGACUUGAAACAUCUGUCCCAAUGCCCUAGCAUCCACCAGCUCAAACACCUGAGUCUGAGAGGAGUCACGCUGAGCUAUGUGGGUCCUGAGCCCCUCCAAGUUCUACUAGAGAGAGUCACAGACACUCUGAAGACCCUGGACUUGGAGGACUGUGGGAUCAGGGACUCCCAGUUCACUGUACUCCUGCCUGCUCUGAGCCACUGCUCCCAGCUCACCAUUUUCAGCUUCUAUGAGAACCACAUUUCCAUGAGUGUCCUGAAGGACCUGCUGCACCACACUGCCAGGCUGAGGCAGUUGAGGCAGGAGCUGUACCCUGCCCCUCUGGAGAGCUAUGAUGGGCUGGGUUCUGUGGUCACAGGGAGACUUACCCAACAUUGUGCUGAGCUCAUGGAUACACUGAGGACCAUAAGGAAGCCCAUGAUGGUGCUGUUCGGUACUGAGCACUGCCCUCAAUGUGGCAACCGAUGGGUCUAUAACAUGGAGCACUGUCUAAGCUACUGUUGGAUGCACGCCUAG